CCGCCCGGCCUCGCGCGCGGGCCGCCGCGCCGCGCCUGGUCCGGCAACCUCCAGGUCGGCGCGCGCGAGCGGCUCGAGUCGCUCAAGCUCUCGUGCCGCUCCACCUCCGACCUCUCCUCCUUCCAGGGCCACGCCGCCGCCUCCGCGCCCACCUCCCCGCUCAACGCCAUCUCUGAACAAUUAUUGUACUGUAUGGGGAGGCCGCCGUGCUGCGAGCAGGCCGGGGUGAAGAAGGGGCCCUGGACGCCAGAGGAGGACCUCGUGCUCGUCUCCUACAUCCAGGACCACGGCCCGGGCAACUGGCGCGCCGUGCCCACCACCACCGGUCUCAUGCGUUGCAGCAAGAGCUGCCGCCUCCGGUGGACCAACUACCUCCGCCCCGGGAUCAAGCGCGGCAACUUCACCGACCAGGAGGAGAAGCUCAUCGUCCACCUCCAGGCACUCCUCGGCAACAGGUUUUCCCCCAUGAUCAGUGGGUCGCUGCUGAUUUGAUCCUGGUGAAGUGUGUUGGGCUAGGAGGGGGGCGGUGACAUUGAUGCUUACUUGAGGACAAAGAUCGCUUGAGAACGGAUAGAAGAGCUGAUGCAUGCAAGAUAAUAGUAGCUUGCCAAGGUGAGCCCAAUCUUCUUGGUUCUGUUACUAGCCGUUGCAAGAUUAUUAGCAUUGGUAUGACCAAUACACAUGAGGCAAAUACAAUGUAAGACUUCACACCAGACAAUUCCAUUGAUAAUUUCAGAGGACGGUUGAAGGAAGGUUCAGUUUACAUGUUUGAGAUGUUCAACGUGUGAUUCAUAUUUUCCGUCUCAUGUACAUGAGUUUGCUUCUUCGCUGGCGUGGUAUUAUGUGCUUUCGGAUUUACCAUCUGGUCUGCAUUGAGAUGGGCAUGAAUGCGUGAUGUUUGGGUCAAUUUCUAGUUGUCAACAGACGUUACCUGUGUGUUAUAGUAGUCUUUUAACUUUACCUGUGUGUUAUAGUAGUCUUUUAACUUUUAAACUUGUUGCAUGAUCUGGAUGCUAGUUAUUAAGUAGUCCCUGAAUUAUUUACUUUUGCUAAAUGAUUUCAAUGCUUGUUUCUAAAGAAAAUGAUCUGCAUCUAGUGUUUCAUUUCGUUACUGUUACACAUGUCCUACUCUAAAUAGACUAGGCCUUCCGUUUUAAGUUGACUUAAUUGCACAGUUCUGCCAGUCUACUACUAUACAAUCCAGUUUCAGUUCUUUUUGCUAUUUAAUUCCUUCUAUUGUAUUAUAUGCCAUCUAUAAUAAGCAGCAACUUGUUUUACAUUUCUUCUCUUUAUUUACAUAAGCUUGUGCUUUCAUUUCUAUACAUGCCUUCUGUAAUAAGCGUUACAGGACCUUCUUUUGAAUAUGACAUGAUGUGAAGUUAAUUGAAAAUUAACUUCUCAUCAUGUCAUAUUCAAACAGUGCAAUAGUAUAUAUAUAUUAACUCUCUGAUUGGUGUGUCUUGCUGUGCAGAAGAGUUUGCUGUGUACGUUCGUUGAUGCUUAUUUUACUUGGGUUGACCUGAAGCGUUGUUUCUGGGUGGUGUAGGAUGAGUUGCUGCGGAACAACCUGGAGGUGGGGAGCCUGAAGAUAACUCGUGCAACAUCAUUGUCUGGCAAGAUGCAUGCUGGAGAACCUGAAGACAACUCUAAUGAAUCUGUAGUACAAAUAUGAAUCUGUUGUCAGUGUCUUUCUUGUAUAUAUAUCUGAUUUGUGGAAAUAUUGUAAUAUAUUCAGUUACUGCUCUUAUAUGGAAGAUUUCAUCAUGUGUUGAUGUUUA